GAAUCACAUGUGAGUAAGUGCAGUAUGUGCAGCGUGUGCAGACCUGCAGCAGCAGCAGCAGAUAAAAGUCGACUCUCUGACGAUCUGGACGACUUCUCUCUCUCGUUUCCUCGGAGGAGAGAUUAUUAAAGAUAUUAUAUUUGUGGAUAUUCACUCGACAUGAGGAGCAGCAGCUGGAUUUCACUCUGCGGCGUCUUGGCUGCGCUUUGUGUCGUCGAGGCCACGCGCACAUAUUACUCCGCGGUUCGCUGCGAGUGCAAUGGCCGGUCCCGGUACUGCCUGCGGGACGGACUGGGCCUGCACUGCGUCGACUGUCAGGGACACACGGCGGGACGCCACUGCGAGCGCUGCCAGGCCGGAUUCUACCAGCAGGGGGCGGCGCUGAGCUGCACGCCCUGCCGCUGCAACGCCACAGGCUCGGUCGGUGCUGUGUGCGACAGCAGGGGGCGCUGCCGCUGUCGGGACGGCGUGAUGGGAGACAAGUGCGACCGCUGUCCGGGGGGCGGAGCCAUCGGACCCAACGGCUGCACGCAGAGCCGUCAGACCAGAGAGGAUUCUGGGAGUCGGGCUUGUUUCUGUUACGGCCACAGCAGCAGCUGUUCGGCUCAGUCCGGUUUCUCCGUCCACAACAUCAGCUCCACCUUCAGUGACGGUGUGGACGGUUGGACGGUGGCAACGGCUCAGGGCAACGUCCCCCGAGACGUUCACUUCCGCUGGACACCGACUCACCAGGACGUGGAGGUUAUCUCCAAAAACAGUCUGCCGGUUUACCUGUACGCCCCAGCUCGUUACCUGGGGAACCAGCUGCUGAGUUAUGGUCAGAACUUUUCCUUCUCCCUGCGUCUGGACCGCGGCGUCCGACACCCGUCCACCAGCGACGUGGUGCUGGAGGGCAGCGGCCUCCGAGUGUCGGCCUCGCUGGGCGACCUGCGCUCCAUCGUCCCCUGUGGACAGAAGAUCCACUACAGCUUCAGACUGGACGAGCAGCCCGGCAGCAGGUGGAGGCCUCAGAUCUCCGCCUUCCAGUUCCAGACGCUCUUGCAGAACCUCACCUCCGUCAGGAUCCGGGCAACGUUCGGAGAGGAUGGACGUGGUUACCUUGACAACGUGAGGCUGGUGUCAGCCCGCCGUGGGGAUGGCCUCCCGGCCCGCUGGGUCCACACCUGCAGCUGCCCCGCGGGGUACGAGGGCGAGUUCUGCGAGCGCUGCUCGGCCGGUUUCAGACGCAAGAUGCCGGCGGACGGAGCUUUCGGCGCCUGCGAGCCCUGCAGCUGCAGAGGAGGCAGCUGUGACCCUCAGACCGGAGACUGUUACUCUGCCGACGAGACGCGUGGAGACAACGGCCACAUCAGAUGCCCCGAGGGGUCUUACCCUGGGAAGACGCCCGCCGGCCCCCAGGCCUGUGUGAAGUGCCCCUGUCCUGUGGGCGUGUCCUGCUCUGUGGCGUCCGGUUCACUGGCGCCUCAGUGUGAUCGCUGUCCUGCCGGGACCAGCGGUCCUCGCUGUGACGUCUGUCAGGAGGGUUUCUAUGGCGACCCCGCAGGAGGCUGCAGACCCUGUCAGUGUAACGGUCACAUCGACGUCAGCGUGGCGGGAAGCUGCGAGCGCAGCAGCGGCGCCUGUCUGAAGUGUGUGAACAACACGAAGGGGCGGAGCUGCGAGGCCUGCGUGAGAGGCUUCUACCACGGCCGCGCCGCCGACGCCUGCAAACCGUGCGACUGCGACCUCCUGGGCUCCGAGUCAGGACAGUGCGACGCUGGCGGCCACUGCCGCUGCAGGCCGGGCUUCGAGGGCCUGAGGUGUCAGCGGUCCGACUGCCCCUCGUGUUUCACCCCCGUCAAGGCCCAGUUGGAGCUCUACGCCGCCAUGCUGAAGGAGCUGGAGGUUCGACUCUCGCACGGGGACGGAGGUUUGAUUCCCGCCGACCGCAGCGUGAUGGAGGCCGCGUUGAGAGCCGCCGAGGAGCUGGUGGACGACCUGCAGGACGACAGCGAGGAGCUGGCAGACGUGGAGAAGAGGCUGCAGGGGCGUCUGUCGUCCAUCAGCAGGAGUCAGCUGGUCGAGGGACAGAACGUCCAGAACAUCAGCGAUCGGGCCGACGACGUCAGACGUCAGCAGAGGAAGUACCGGGCGCAGGUGGAGGAGGUGGAGACCCUGAUGGCGGCGAUGAAACGCAAACUGGAGGAGGCGAAGAGCGACCUGAGAUCAGCCGAGUUUCCUCUCGGAGACGCUCCGCUGGGUUCGAACCUCUGGACCUCGUUGGUGCAGGCGGCGACCGGCCUGGCGGAUAAACACCAGACGAAAGCCGUCGCCGUGGAGCAAAGUGCCAGCGAGGCCUUGCGGGACUCGGAGAAGAGUCUGGCUCAGGUCCGAACCCUCAUGAACAAAGAAAACCGAGUCAAAGAGCUGCUGGGAGAUCUGAAGACCACGUUCGAUCAGACCUCGGCGCGGGUCAAGGGUCUGGAGCAGCACGCCACCCGCCUGAGCGGCGAGGCCAGAGACGAGAGCAAAAUGGCAGACGGAAUGUUGAAAAACAUCGCCAGCAUGGAGCGAAACAUCCCGACGUCCCUGAAGGGGGACAUGGACGCCAUGGUCUCCAGGUUGGAUGGACUGAAGGCUGAGGUGGAUGAGAACACCUCAGGCUUCGAGGCGCUGCAGGCCGGCGUGCAGCGGGACAAGGCCGCCACCGAGAACCUGCUGGCCGAGGGCAAGUCCGCCCAGCAGGACUUCAACAAGCUGCUGGACAGAGUCAACGUUGCCAAGGCCGACACCGAGGCCGCUCUGCAACGCAUCGGCAGCAACAGCAACGAGCUGGACGACGCCCUGAAGGCGCUGAGAGGGUUUGACGAGCAGAUCGACGGCGGCAGAGCCCUGGCUGACGCCGCCAUCGGGCGACUUCCUGGCAUCAACGCCACCAUCCGGCAGGCCGUGAGCAACAACGGCAAGACGCUGUCCGUCCUGGGAGAGGUGUCCGACGAUUACAACAGCGCCCUGGGAAGCGUGGGCGUGCUGCAGGGCCUGGUCCGCAGUCUGGAGGGGACGUUUGGGUCGCUGCCGCACGGCGGUCUGCUGAGCGAAACCACUAAACUGAACAAGGAGGCGAAGGACCUGAGGACGAAGGCGGUCGACUUGGCUGGAGACGUGGAAUUCGACCUGGACGACGUCCGGAAGCUGGAGGCGGAGGCGGAGCAGGCGGCGGACGGAGCGGCGGCGGCGUUCGGCAACGCCAGACAGACCAGAGACGCUGUGGGGAAAACUCUGGCAGACAUCGGCCGCCUGCUGGCGAACAUGAACAAGCCCGGCACCGUGGAUGAAAGCCUCCUGAAGCAGCUGGAGGCGUCGCUGGCCGGCGCUCAGCGCGACGUGGACGCUGGUCUGAGGCCUCGGCUCCGGGACAUGGAGCAGAAGGAGGACGCCAUGCGCCGCCGGUUGACCGCCCUCGACCUGGACAUCGACACCGUGCUGGGAGACAUCGCCAACCUGAAGGAGGUGCUGAGUAAAGUCCCCGAAAACUGCUUCAACAGCCCCCCCAUCGAAGAGGCCUGAGGGCGUCUCCGACGUCACCACAGAGUCUCUGUGAUUGGCCUGUUGAUGAACGACGAUCCACAUAAAUGAUCAAAUAACAGCAACUAUAACAUUAACAUUAACAACUGCUUGUUUGUCUUUAUUAACAAUGAUCCCACAGGUCGUUCAGUAUCAAUCAGACUUUAUCUCCUCACGUUGAUCCUGUUGGGUUUAUAUCUGUUGAUAUUUCUAAUGUGUUUUGUAUUUAUAACUGUACAUACAGUUUUUAUAUCUUUUCUAUAUUUCACAGUUUUUAUUUAAGUGUCUUUACUCUUUUCACAUUAAAACUGCUCAGUGUUCAAAACGUUCUCUUUGUUCAACUGUGGAAGAAAAAUCACUGAAGCUCUGAACGGAUGAAAAUAAUAACAAUAAAUAAAUGAAUAAUAA